UUUUGAUAAAUCUACGUUACACCGCUAAUCUUCUAUUGUUGAAAGAGACAAAGUCGAUUUUCCUGGUGCUAUACCCUCGAUUUUAAUAAUAUUUGUAGUUUAAUGGCAGAGCUGAUCGAAAAUUGUCAAGAUGGUUAUUAAAGUUUAUAUUUCAGGAAUAUCAGGGAAUAAAGAAGUCAAGAAACAUCAACAACGUGUACUGAUGAUAUUAGAUAGCAAGAACAUAGACUAUGUUACUGUAGACAUCACAGAGCCAGGAAAGGAAGAUGAAAAAGAAUUAAUGCAACAAAAAAGCAAUCCCAAAGAUGCAAAGCAUCCUUUACCACCGCAGUUAUUCAACGAUGAAAACUAUUGUGGUGACUACGAAGAUUUUGAUUUGGCAAACGAAGUAGAUGAACUAGAAAAAUUUUUGAAACUCACUUCAAGUGUUUCAAAAUCUGAAAUUAUUCUUAAUACAAAUAACGUGACUGAAGAAAAACGUGAAGAAGUUAGUAUUAAUGGAAUUUCUUCCAGUCGAGAGGCCUCAGUAGAGACAGAGGACGGUGUUAGGAGAGAGGGUGCACAAGACUCUGCACACGAAGUUGAUGGAGACACUACGGAUGAAGUGGUGAUAUUGAACUGAAGAAAUGUACGUAAUUACAUUACAUAGUUUUAAUUCAUCUAAGUUUACUAGUAGAGAACUAAGGAAAUAGAAGAGUCCAGUCUAUUUAUUAAAUACUGUCAAAGGUUCUAAAAAUGGAACUCUGAAGUUGUGUGAUUCUUAUAUUUUAUGGGCAGCAUUCAGUUCAAGAACAUUUUAAAAUCUAAUUUCAAUUAUAUUUAUAAAGGAAGCAUAUUUAUAAGCAUAUUACUCCAUAACUUGGUAAUUUUUUGCCUGGCUAUAGUUUAGAAAUCAUUGUCACACCUCAAAACUCCCAGCGUAGCUGAAAAUUGGUCUGAAGUGGACAUUCAUAAACACUUGCAUAAAUAUUUGGGUGCUGAAAAAUCAUGUUAGUUCCAAAUAAAUGUUACCAUUGACAAUUUGUUUACUGAAAUAAUUUCUCUCCGACACCAAACUGAUAUUAAUGUAUUUUUAUUAAUACUUGAAGAAAAUUCACAGUCAUUUUGGCAGUCAUCUUGCGACCACAAAAAACAGUACUCGUAAAGUAUACACAUCUUAGCACAUAACCUCUUAUCUGAUUCCGAAAUUAAACAUGUAGAUUGUUCACAGGUACUGAAGGAUGAAUGUUUAAGGAUAGUUAGUAGUUAAGUCCCUUGGUUAUACACUAACUCACAGUACGAAGCUGAAGGACUAUGUCCUCGGAACAAUGGCGCUAUCACUCGGACAUUGCUAUGGUACCUGUGAACUAUGGUAAAAAAAAAAUUCUAGUUAAAAGUUCCGAAAGAUGAAAACGGUUUGAUGAUAAAAGUUAGCUUCCGGACGAAGCUGCUAAAGGGCUGUUACAUUGGAUAUGACACAUACAGACAAGGAUAACAAUGUGGUCGCUGCACUUCCCACUUUGUCUUCAGUCUUCAUGAGCAGGUAAGCUUAAUCUAAGGGAAAUCCUCAGUGGUAUGCACAUCCGCAAUUGACUAACACAUGUAGGAUGAGCGUGCCACAUACUUGCAGUAACCAGAAAAAUACAAACAGAUACAAACACAAAAAAAAAACCAAAA